AUGAUGUGGCAAAGAAGCCACAGGUCUUCGGAGGAGAGGAAACUGGAGCUUAGGCUUGGGCCACCUGGUGAAGAGUAUCUCAAUGAAAGCAUCAAGAAAUGCAUCACAGAAAGAAACGAAACACCACUCACUCUUGGUUACUUCUCAACUCACAAAAUUUCCACUUCUGACAAGCCAGGGCCAGGUGGGGCUAUGCUGCCCACUGCAUGGCCUUCCACAUCCUACUACCAACACCAGGCUAAAGCCAAAGCUUCAUCAUUUCUUCAGCUCCAAUCAAGGCCACAAAACAUGUUCAUGAUGGGAAAGGAAGUGCCACAACUUUGUUGUGUAGAGAACAAGGCAUUCUCACCCUCUUCUGCAAAUACAACCGUGUCCAAAAGAACUGCUUCAGGUCCAGUAGUGGGUUGGCCUCCAAUUCGUUCCUUCAGGAAGAACAUUUCAAGUGGAAGCCCUUCUAAGUUGCCUACUGGGUCCCAGCAACAUCAUGUUGUUCCAGACCAGGUUGCUAGCCAGAAACCUACUUACAACCGUGGCAAAGGCUUGUUUGUGAAGAUCAAUAUGGAUGGUGUUCCUAUAGGAAGAAAACUGGACAUCAAUGCUUAUGAUAGCUAUGAAAAACUUUCUUCAGCUGUUGAUGAGCUCUUCAGAGGCCUCCUUGCAGAGAUGAAGUUGUCUCAUAUUGCCUCGUCCCAUUUCUGUUCUGGUCAAAGAGAUUCCUGUGCUGGUGGAAUUCAAAACAAUGAAGAGGAAGAGAAAGAGAAAGCCAAUACGGGUUUAUUGGUUGGAAGUGGAGAAUAUACUCUUGUUUAUGAGGAUAAUGAAGGAGACAGGAUGCUUGUUGGAGAUGUACCUUGGCACAUGUUUGUGUCAACAGUGAAGAGGCUAAGGGUGUUGAAGAGUUCUGAUCUUCCUGGUUUUGCCCUUAGUAGCAAGCAAGACUAG